AUGGAUGUGAUGUUUUCUGCCAGCUUGGAAAUGGGGACUAUAUUUCUCAUUCAGACAGGAAUUGGCCUCAUGGGAAAUAUCUCCCUCAUUUGUCUUUAUAACUUCACUUUGCUCACUGGACAUAGUUUGAGACCCAUAGACCCAAUCCUCAUGCAACUGGUCAUCGCCAAUGCCACGGUUCUUUUCUCUAAAGGCAUACCACAGACACUGGCAGCUUUCGGAUGGAGGUAUUUCCUGGAUGACACUGGAUGUAAACUUGUCUUCUAUUUCCACAGAGUAGGCACGGGAGUUUCCUUUAGCACCAUCUGCCUCUUCAAUGGCUUCCAGGCCAUCAAGCUCAAGCCCAGUAUCUGGAGGUGGAUGGAACGCCAGAUGAGAGCUCUAAGAUUCAUUGCCUUCUGCUGUUUCCUUUGCUGGGUUGUGCACAUCUUGAUAAAUUCAUGUGUUAUUAUGGUAGUAAAGGGUCCACUGAAGGAGAAGAACUUCAGUAUGAGAAAUAAUUAUGGAUACUGUUCUUGGCAUAUGAUAGAGGGUUCUGUAGGCGCAUUAUACACAGUCACGUAUUUUUCCCUUGAUAUUACAAGUUUAGGUUUUAUGGUUUGGGCCAGUAGCACUAUAGUUCUUUUCCUGUGCAGACACAAACAGCGACUCCAACACAUUUGCAGCAAUCGACUCUCCCCAAGAACUCACGUGGUCAGAGCCACAGGCACGGUCCUGAUCCUGGUAAGUGCCUUCGUUACAUUCUAUACAAUCUACAUUGUUUUGAUAAUUUGGUUGACUCUAGUUGCAACCCGAGGGCAGUGGAUGGUGAACACCUCUGUCCUUCUGGCCACAAGUUUUCCAGCAUUCAGCCCCUUUGUGCUCAUUAUCAAGGACACUCGUAUCUCUCAGUUCCGCUUUACCUGUAGGGCAAGGAAAACAGUUUGCUAACGUGAUCGUCAUUCUAGAGUCUGUUCUCGGUGGCAUUCAAAUAUUUAUCUCAACAUCUGUGAAUAUUUUGGGGCCCUCUUAAGUGCUGGAUAUUAAUUAACCCUAAAAGGAAAUAUAUUAUCAGUUUCUAAUGGCCAGCAUUAAGUAUUUAAAUAAUUAAAAAUUAUUUUCAUCAGCUGUUUUCACUCAAAUAAUUUCAAAUUUUUCUGACUUUAAAUACUGAUAGCUUAUUUUUUUUUAAAGGUCUCUUUCUCUCUGGAUAAUUGAGUGUGCUCUAUUUUUUAAAGUCUUACUCAAUUUUUGUAAUUGGAAAUACCAGCAAUUUUAGUAAAGUCUAGAUAUAAUGUAUAUACAUGUGUAAAUAUCUAUAUUGAACUGCCAAUAGCAUUUAUUACAUACCUAAAUUAUGAGUCUUUAAUCUUACUUAAUUCCAAAAUUAUCAAAUCUAUUUUACUGUUGU